GCCCAACAGGAGACCCAGAAGGCAGCUCUGAGAUAUGAGAGGGCUGUGUCCAUGCACACUGCUGCCAGAGAGAUGGUGUAUGUGGCAGAGCAAGGCCUUUUGGCUGACAAGAACACCAUGGACCCAACCUGGCAGGAGAUGCUUAACCAUGCCACCGCCAAGGUGAAUGAGGCAGAGGAGGAGCGCCUUCGCAGUGAGCGAGAGCACCAGCGAGUCACCCAACUGUGCCAGGAUGCUGAAGCUCGAGUCCAGACUCUCCAGAAAGCCCUGAAGAAAGUCAUUCUCAAGUCCAAGCCUUACUUUGAACUCAAGGCUCAGUUCAAUCACAUUUUGGAGGAGCAUAAGGCUAAAGUCGUACAGCUAGAGGAGCAAGUGGCAAAAGUAAAAAUGCGUUACUCCGUGGCCCUGCGGAACCUGGAGCAGAUCAGUGAGCAGAUCCAUGCACAGAGGGGGCGGACCAGAGCUAGCAGGGGGCAUCCUGCCAUCUGUGGGGGUCGGAGCUCCCCUGUAGGUGCUGAAGCUGAGGUCAGAACUGCCGCUGGAAUUCAUGACAGUAGCUGUGUGGGAGUCGACACUAUUGAGAGCGAUUGGGCAGAUGGUGAGAAAACCAGACUGUGGGUAGAGCGGCACCGAGAGAGUGGCUGGGGCCAGAGGGAGCAACUGGAGGCAGAGCAGGUCGGCUCAGACUGCAUGUCGGUUAUCAGCCUUCAAACCAUCGCCUCCGACCUGGAAAAGUGUGACUCGGUGGAGCAUUUGGGCGACCUGAGUGAUGCUGGGAGUGUGCUGGGUGAAGAGUGGGACCACUACAGCAAGUCUAAUGACAAGCCAGUCAGCAGGGAGAUGGUGACUGAAGGGCCUCAGCAGGAGCUUGUUCACCAGGAGAAAGGAGCUGCUAAUAAAGAGAAACAGGAGAGUUUUGUUAAGCAGCACCACAGAAGUGUUAGUCUAUGAUAUCAAGCAGGAGGAGGAACGUUGUGAUGGUGAUGAUCGUGGUGAUUAGGCUGAGGGAUCAUAGAAGAACUUGAGAGAAUCUGAAAUAUCUCUGACUGAGAGGUGCCAAACAAGCUGACAAGAAGGCGCUGACAGUGAUUGACAAAGUUAGGAAUAGGUGGGUGGAUUAACAGGUACAUCAGCUGCACACUAAUGAAUCUUUGUGUGACAACAUUAAUCCAGUGGAGCAGCCCUGCACAGCGCACUGAGUCUGAUCCAAUCUGUUGCUCAACAGCUGAGGAAAAAAAGUAAUUGCAAAGUACAAAAAGGCUUUUUUUUUUUUUUGAAAAUAUUUUUAUUGAAAAAAGAAAACAACAGUACUUGCAGUUACCAAAAUACAAUCAACCUUUCUUCAUUUUCCUAAGUAAAUAAACACACAUAUAUAUGAAAAAAAAAAACCCACAACACCCCCCC